AUGUUGAGGAAACAGCUGGCUAGAACACUCAACGUGCGGACACCGCUGGGGCGUUCCGCCAGGGUGCAGAGAAGGACACUCUCGGGGACAGCAAAGGUGGACAAGGCGUCCUGGUCAGGCUACACGUACUCGUUUGCAGCGCUGACGGCAAUUGUGUCGUCCGGAGUUUACUGGGGGGCCGUGUCCGACACGUUCUCGAACGAAUCGUCGGCGCAGACAGCCGGCACCGUCUCCGUGGACGAGUUCGUCAAGCACAGCUCGAAGUCGGACUGCUGGGUGGCGGUGAACGGCAAGGUCUACGACGUGACGGACUUCGUGCCAAACCACCCCGGCGGACAGGCGCCGCUGCUCAAGCACGGCGGCCACGACGCCACAAUGCUCUACGAAAACCUCCACCCGAAGGGCACGAUCGAGAAGUUCUUGCCUCCGGACAAGUUCAAGGGGGUCCUCGACGGCGAGGCUCCGAAGUUGGCCUCCGACUACGCCGUCGACGACGACGACGAGGCCACCCGUCUGGAGUACAUCGAAAACAAGCCGCCGCUCUCGAACAUGCAGAACUCCUACGACUUCGAGCAGGUGGCCAAGAACAUCCUUCCCAAGGACGCCUGGGCCUACUACUCGUGCGGGUCGGACGACGAGAUCUCCAUGAGAGAAAACCACUACGCCUACCAGAGAGUCUACUUCAGACCCCGCGAAGGCGUCAUCCAGAUGAUCUCAACCUUGUCCUCCAUGUCACUCAAGGAGAUCGCCGAUGCCAGAGUUCCAGGCGCCACCCAGUGGUUCCAGUUGUACAUCAACGAGGACAGGAAGGUCGCCAGGGAAAUGGUCAAGGAGGCUGAGGAAUUGGGCAUGAAGGCGAUCUUCAUCACCGUUGACGCCCCAUCGCUCGGAAACAGAGAAAAGGACAAGAGAAUGAAGUUUGUCAACGACACCGACGUCGACUUGGGUGACACCGUCGACAGAGACAGCGGUGCCUCAAAGGCCCUUUCCUCCUUCAUCGACUGUUCCGUCAGUUGGAAGGACAUCAAACAGGUCAAGUCCUGGACCCAUCUCCCUGUCUUGAUCAAGGGUGUGCAGACCGUGGAAGACGUCAUCGAAGCUUAUGACGCUGGUUGUCAAGGUGUCGUUUUGUCGAACCACGGUGGUAGACAGCUAGAUACUGCUCCACCUCCAAUCGAAUUGCUUGCCGAAACUGUUCCUGUCUUGAAGAAGUUGAACAAGUUGAGACCAGACUUUGAGAUCCUUGUCGACGGUGGUGUGAAGAGAGGUACAGACAUCUUGAAGGCCGUGGCCAUCGGUGGUAAGGACGUCAGGGUCGGUGUCGGAAUCGGUAGACCUUUCCUCUACGCAAACUCCGCCUACGGUGAAGAUGGUGUCAGAAAGUUGAUCCAGAUCUUGAAGGAUGAGUUGGUGAUGGACAUGAGACUCUUGGGUGUCACCAAAAUUGACGACCUCACCUCCAGACACGUCGACACAAGACGUCUAAUAGGUAGAGAGGCAAUCAACUACCUUUACGAUAACGUCUAUACCCCAAUUGACGCAGUCAAGUUCAGCAAUGAAAGCUGA